AUGGCAGACAAGUCGGCUACAGUUCCACCUCUGCUCGCGGGCCUGCGAGCCUCUCGCUCGUCUCUCUUUUUCUCACAAGGAGGGUGCGGUCCCUCGUCAGUUUUACGAUGCGGCGUGGCCCUGCAGGCGCCGAGACCAUGGCUGUGUGUAGCUUGUUUCACCAUCGCGUUUAUUCCCUUUCUCGAGGGGCCGGUACUGCCUUUUACUCCGGGAGAAUGCGUUGGUUUAAACAGAAAGAAUUCGCCAACCUAUCUCAGGAGCUCGCCUACGCUCGUUCCUGACGGCGCCGGGGACGGGGUUGUGAGACGUGCAACGGUACGGGGGGAAGAAGCACACCUCGAGGCAUUUCCCGACCCCGCCGAACAAGCGGUCGGCUCUCCAGCCUUCGUCGAGCUGAGUGCAGAAGCAAAGAAAGGCGACAGCGAUGAUGAGGAUGAGGAAGGUGGUUCGAGUGGAGACGAAGACGGUGCCAACAGUCAGGGUUCGAAAGAAGCAGAGGAAGAGCCUAGUGGCGGGGGAGGCGACGAAGGCUCCGAGGAAGGAAAGGAGGGGAGCGAAGGUGCCAACGACGGAGAGGCCAGCGCAAAAGCUGAAGAACAGAAGGAGAAAGAGGGUGGAGCAGACGCCUCUGAAAAGGACGAAGAGGGCAGUGCAAAAGCAGAACAUGACGAGGCCGAGAAGUCUGAGCAGUCAGACGACCACGACAAGAGCGAACACGUGUCUCACUCCGCGAAGUCCGGCGAGCAUGACGAUGCCGAGACCAAGCCCUCACACGAAGAGACUGAGGCGAAACAGUCUGGCAGUGCGACGCAUUUGCACGCUGCGGGUGGUGGUGGUGGUGGUGGUGAAAAAGAAGAACCUGAACCGGGCAAGUAUGGGGGGAAAUACAAAGUGCAGUUAAAUUUCAAGCCAGAGCUCAUCAUUCCAAGUGACCUACGCGGCAAGACGGGGCAAGGGAAAGUCCACGUUGACGACCGCGAAUGGUUCCAAGUAGAGAGCACGGAACCUACAAAAAUCCUCAAGCUCGAGGGCGCCAAUGCAGAGGACACAUUCUUUCAUGAGGUACGCGUGGCGUAG